AUGGCCCCCAUCACAAAGAAGCGCCCAGACGACGAUUUCGUCCUCACAUUGUCCGAUGACGAGAAUGAUCGGUUCGACGAGCCCCAGGACGAAGAUGCCGCCGAAUUGUCGUCGAGUAAAAAGCGCAAGCGGGAGACUGCAGAGAGCGCUGCGCCCAAGAACAAGAAGGUGAAGCAGCAACAACCAGCCAAGGGAAAACAACAAAAAGGGAAGAAGGGGAAGCAGGCGCCCAUUGAGCCUGAGAGUGAAGAAGAAGAGGACGAAGAGGAGGAACAAGAUGCCGGCGAAGAUGAUGGCGCCCUCGACUCAGAGUUUGAGUUUGAUGUUGGCGGUGUGGUGAAUGAAGUUGUGGAGUUUGACGGGUGGGGAGGAAAGGAAGAUGGAGACAAGAAGGGCGGGGACAAGAAGGCAGUCGAUAUUGACGAUAUAAUUGAGAGGAGGAGGGAGAAGGCUGAGAAGAAGGCCGAGAAGGAGAAGAAGAAAAAGCAGCUGGAGGAGAGCGAAGAUGAGCAGGACGAGAGCGAGGCCGACGCUAUGUCCGUGGACUUCGAGGAUGAUGAGCUGCUUGCUAAGGAUGGUUUCGGGAUGGGGGCUGAUGGGGUGGACGAAGAGGAGGAAGAAGCUGACGGAGACGACGAGUCUGGAGAGGAGGAGGGAAGCGACGGGGAAUCGGAGGAUGAUGACGACGACGAUGCUGCAUCUGACAACGACUCUGUCGCUACCCCCGUUAACCACCCAGACGAUGACCGCUCCGAUCUUGAGUCGGACGCCGAGAGCGAAGUCGACGCCGAGGAAGAAGCCAAGCGCAAGGCGUUCUUUGCACCGGAAGAAAAGACCAACGAAGAUGCUACGGCAAACGGCGCGAAGCGAUCAUUCCAAGAGUUCAACCUCUCUCGACCUAUUCUCCGUGGCCUAGCGGCCGUCAACUUCACGAACCCUACACCCAUCCAACAGAAGACGAUUCCGGUGGCCUUGCUAGGAAAGGAUAUUGUCGGUAGUGCCGUGACAGGUUCAGGAAAGACGGCCGCCUUCGUCGUGCCCAUUCUCGAACGUCUCCUUUUCCGUCCCCGAAAGGUGCCUACCAGCCGUGUCGCCAUCCUCAUGCCUACCCGUGAGUUGGCUGUGCAAUGUUACAAUGUCGCUACCAAACUCGCCACCUACACGGACAUCACAUUCUGUCAGCUUGUCGGAGGUUUUAGUCUUCGAGAGCAAGAGAACAUCCUCAAGAAGCGACCAGAUGUGAUCAUUGCCACGCCAGGUCGUUUCAUCGACCACAUGCGCAACUCCGCGAGCUUUACUGUUGAUACGCUUGAGAUUCUAGUCCUUGACGAAGCCGAUCGCAUGCUCGAAGACGGUUUCGCAGACGAGCUGAACGAGAUUCUCACCACUAUCCCCAAGUCACGUCAGACCAUGCUUUUCUCCGCGACCAUGACCGAUUCCGUCGAUAAGCUUAUUCGUGUCGGACUGAACCGCCCCGUCCGGCUGAUGGUUGACUCGAAGAAGAACACUGCCUUGACGCUUGUUCAGGAAUUCGUGCGUUUGCGGCCUGGCCGCGAGGACAAGCGCCUAGGCUACCUCCUCCACCUCUGCAAGGAAGUCUACACCGGCCGAGUGAUUGUUUUCUUCCGACAAAAGAAAGAAGCGCACCGGGUGCGCAUCGUUUUCGGACUUCUUGGCCUCAAAGCUGCAGAGCUCCACGGUAGCAUGAGUCAAGAACAGCGUAUCAAAAGCGUCGAAAGCUUCCGAGAUGGAAACGUCAACUUCCUCCUCGCCACCGAUCUUGCUUCUCGUGGUCUCGAUAUCAAGGGUGUCGAAACAGUCAUCAACUACGAAGCCCCGCAAAGCCACGAGAUCUACGUUCACCGUGUCGGUCGAACAGCCCGUGCCGGCCGCUCCGGUCGCGCCUGUACAAUCGCCGCCGAACCAGACCGCAAAGUCGUCAAGGCUGCUGUCAAGGCCGGUAAAACCCAGGGUGCUAAGAUCGUCAGCCGCGUCGUUGAACCCUCUAUCGCUGAUAGCUGGGCUUCCAAGGCCAAGGACAUGGAAGAGGAGAUUGACGCCGUGCUGGAAGAAGAGAAGCUGGAGAAGCAGCUCGCUCAGGCAGAGAUGCAGGUGACCAAGGGAGAGAACCUGAUUAAGCACGAGGCGGAGAUCAAGUCAAGGCCGAAGCGGACGUGGUUCGAGACGGAGAGGGAGAAGCGUGUUGCAAAGAAGAACGGAGCCACCGAAUUGAAUGGACCUGGCAAGAAGGAUAAGAUCAAGCUGAGCAACAAGGAUAAGAAACGGUUAGAUGAUGCGAGAAUGAGGCAGGAGGAGGGCCUCGGGAGGAAGAAGAAUAAGUCGGAGCGUGAGGAUCCCAGGGCCGGCAAGGCGAAGCAGGGGAAGGGCAAGGGUAAAGGGAAGGGGAAGAAAUAA